CGUCGGAGUCUCGGAGAUGUACUUGUGAUCGUGAGCAAUCUUCGCAAUCAAUACUCUCUGAAAGUAAUCUCGGAACCAUGGAUCAAGAUGAAUUGGAGCAAAAACAUCGAAAGGAACGGAAGGAUUUGCAAGCAAAGAUUCAAGGAAUAAAGAAGGCUGUGCCCAAAGGAGAUAAGAAGAGGAAGAAAGAAGCAGCCGAGGAAAUUGCUCAAUUAGAAGCAGAUCUUGACCAGAGGCAUCAGGCAGAGCUUGAGGCAAACAAAAACAAGGCAGCUGUUCCCCAUGAUGUAUGUCAGAAUGAAGCAUCAGCAGAAGAAAUGCUUGAAAAAUUAGACAUCGCUGAAGAACCUGAGGAUAAAUCACAGAAGCUCUCAAAAGCACAGAAAAGAAGAAAUAAGAAGGCUCAAGAAGAAAAGGAGAAAGCAGAAAGAAUAGCCAUAGCAGAGAAGGACAAUGUAAAUAGUGCAAGAAAUAUUGAAAACAGGCAGUUUGCUGAUAUCACGUCGAAAAGAAAUUUACAAAUAAAGCAGAUACCAUCCGAUGGACAUUGUCUGUAUAAUGCAGUUGUUCAUCAACUGUCAUUACAGGGUAUUGAGGAGAAAAUGGAGGUGGUUCGACAAAAAGUUUCAGAUCAUUUGAAAUCCAAUAUUGAUGAGUUCUUGUGCUUCUUGACCAAGCCUGAUACAGGAGACACGUUAACAGCAGAUGAAUAUGAGAAGUAUUGUGAUGAUGUUGCUAAUACCGCUGCUUGGGGUGGUCAUCAUGAGAUGAAAGCAAUUACAGAGAUAUACAAGACACCAAUUGAAGUGCUGCAAGCAGAAGGUCCACUACUGAAAAUUGGAGAACACUUCGAUACCCAGCCUAUCAUGUUAUCGUACCACCAUCAUGCAUAUGGCCUGGGAGAGCAUUACAACUCAGUGAUGGUGAGAGAAAAGAAGCUAACUGAAGAUGAAACAUAACACACAACCACACACGUAGAGGUCUAGUGGUAUACUACUCUCAGACCAGAACUCUGCAAGGUCAGGAUUCAAACUGAUCUGCUCUCUUGCCACGCAUGGCCUGGGAGAGUAUUACAACUCAGUGACCGUGAUGGAGAAGCUAACUGAAGAUGAAACAUUACACACAACCACACACGUAGAGGUCUAGUGGUAUACUACUCUCAGACCAGAAGUCUGCAAGGUCAGGAUUCAAACUGAUCUGCUCUCUUACCACGCACGGCCUGGGAGAGUAUUACAACUCAGUGACCGUGAUGGAGAAGAAGCUAACUGGAGAUGAAACAUUACACACAACCAUACACGUAGAGGUCUAGUGGUAAGCUACUCUAAGACCAUGGUUCUACAAGGUCAGGAUUCAAACCCUGCUGGAGCAAGACAGUCCUGUGGAGAUGAAAACUUGGGUCUAUAGUUGACUGUUGCAUAUUAAGUUGGUUGAUUUAGAGCCACACACCAUUACAUAUAAAAGGUAUUCCAUCACCACUGGCUGUGGCACAAAGGGAUAUAUUGGCCCUCAUCCCGGGGGGGCCAGUUCCAUUCACGAGUGGAUACCAUGCGCGACCAUGGGGUCUCGAAAAGCACCCUAAAAGGGCCCUAAACACGUAAUUUCCAUAUUCUGAAAAUGCACCCCUUAACAAGUAUUGGCGUGUGAAACCCUACCCUUAACAAGUAUUGGAAACAAAACGAUACUCUUGCCAAAUAUUCCCUGAAAUGAACCCCUAAACAAGUACAGGAAUGUUUUAUUGUUACGGGUCCUUCGGUCGUCGGCUUUACCUAAUUUGGUUUAGUACGACCCCAUCUUCUACACCUCGCGCAAAUUGGACUCUAAACACGAAGUGUUGGGGCAAAAAGGACAUCCUUUAUAAAACAUUUUAAUUUUGUUUUAUCAUCCCCGCAAAUUCGACCCUAAACACGUAAUUGUCCUAGCGAAAUAGAUACCCUUUUUUCAUUAUUUUUGUGUUUUUGACACCCUUAUCACGUUACGUACGUAACGUG